AUGACUCAGGCUCCUUCAUCAGUAGCCAAUUCUGGGUUGGUAUGUCAACAUUGCAAUCUACCUGGACAUGCCAAGGAGACUUGCUAUAAGCUGGUUGGGUAUCCAGCUGGAUAUUUCAGCAAGCCUAAGCCAACAGGACCUCGAGGGAAAGGAAAGGCAGCUGUCCAUCUAGUUCAGAAUUCGGAGUACCUUGGUAUUGCAGGGCAAGAUCAUACCACAGGCAGAGUUGACAAUCCUUCAGUAUCAAUGGUUGGUAGAGGUACUGGUAAGAUUGGAUCUUCUGACCAGGGAGGUAAUCGGCAGGGGGUAUCUGAGGAGAAGACUGUUUCAUCUGGACCAAGCAUAUGUCGGGCAGAAGCCAAGGAAGACUGCAUCAGUCGCUUUGACUUUGAAUUCUAGAGAAUUGAAUGAAGUGUGGUUAUGGCAUAGACGCUUAGGGCAUUCUUAUUUCAGUGUAAUGCGUAAAACUAUGCCCUCUUUAUUUGUUGGCAUUAAUGAGUCUUCCUUACAUUGUGAAACUUGUGUUUUGGCAAAAAGUCAUCGAGUCAGUUACCCAUUGAGCCUUUCUAAUAAACGUUUCAUUCCCUUUGAAAUUAUUCA